GCAUCUACUCCACACAACAGUUUUAUGACGUCGGCAGGGCACACACAAACACACAAACAGAGCAGCUGCAUUACACUUUUAUGCCCCUGAUUUCCUUUACCUGAGUAGUGGCAAGCAUGGCUAACUCCGCACAAGGAAAGAAAGUCUUGUUUAUUUGCCUCGGCAAUAUCUGCCGCUCACCAAUUGCUGAGGCUGUGUUCAACCACAUCUUGGAGGAGCAGGGUCUGGCAGGGUGGGAGGUGGACUCAGGGGCCAUUGGCUCCUGGCAUGUUGGUCGGGGGCCGGACCGUCGUGCUGUCAGCACCAUGAAGAAACACAAUGUCCACAUGAGUCACAAGGCCCGACAGUUGAAAAAGACAGACUUCAACCACUAUGACUACAUUUUUGGGAUGGACCAUGAGAACAUAUCAGACAUCAAGGACAUGGCUCCCAAGACCUACACUGCCAGCAUAGAACUUUUUGGCUCCUAUGACCCACAGAAGGAACUUCUUAUUCGAGAUCCAUAUUAUGAUGACGAUGAUGCUGGGUUUGAGAAGUGUUAUGAGCAGUGUCUGAGGUGCAGCAAAGGGUUCCUUGAUUCCCUGGCGAAGUGAGAAGAACAAGGCUGCUGUGGGUGAUGUUCAGGGUUGUGGUACCAUUCAGCUUCCUGUCUUGUCUGUUAAUCUAAGGUGCUAUGAUGCUUACUGUGGAUAAUUUUAACUAUGAAGAACUAGAUAUGUCAGAAAUUUUAUCCUUAAAGUUGAAAGUUAGUGCAUAGUGUUGGCAUAAGAAAAGAAAGCUUGGUGUUGGGUGCAUAUAGAGAAAACUAUGCACCAAAUAUUGUUCCUCAAAAGCUUUCAUGUUUCCAUUCCAUUUAAAAAAAAAAUUGUGUAUAUGUUUAUUAUGAAGUAAUUUGUAUUGUGAUAUUUUUUGAGUGAACUUUUACUUGAUCAUUAUAAUUUUCUUUUUUUCAUUUAAGAUUUUUCACAAUUCAUUUUAUCUUUUAGAUUCAUAUGUAAAGAUGAAGGAAAAUAAAUAUGAGAAGAGUAA